CGGCACGGGGGAGGAGUGUGCCUCGCUCCCUCUGAUCACCACUUGUGUUCAAUUACCAAUUACCAACUUCAGAACUUUGUCCGUGCGCUUGCUGUCGUAUGUCAGCGGUCCUUUACAUCGUUAUUACAACGUCAACAACUUUAACGUCCAACUCAAAACGGCGGACAAAACGAAAGCCACCGGUCGGGAAGGAGCGAGGAUGAACGGGGUGGUUUGGGGACUUUCGCAUCACCUGCCGAGCUUCAUGGAGUCAGAAAGCAACAGUUUCCAGCCCUGGAGAGACUACAUAGGACUGUCGGACACAAUCAGAGAGAUCCUGGGCCGCCACGCGGCCCCCGAGGGCCCUCUGACUGCCUCCAGUGCUCCGCACUCUGAAUCGGAGGACCUGUCCGAGGCACUGAUGUCCGUGCGAAUUGCCGCAGUUCGCCAAAGCAGCGACCCUGGCGCAGACUGUGCGCCGCGCCUCUGCGGGGACUCCGUGGCGCCGGGCCCUCUGGCUGCUCCACGCGCUGUCGAUGGUGGUUUGUGGUACGCCGCGAACCCCUCCCGUGCCGAUAAACCAGAGGCAGCAGCUUUGACUCCGGCGCCAAGUCCGCUGGGCUCCCGGGGCCCAAAAGACCGCAAGAAGACCACUCGUUUCAAAAACACGGAUCCACCAUUGUCCGCGUCCCCCGAGCGCAUGUUCUGCAGUUUCUGCAAGCACAACGGGGAGUCCGAGUUGGUGUGCGGAUCCCACUGGCUGAAGAACCAGGUCGGAGACGUGCUGUGUCCCUAUCUGCGGCAGUACGUGUGUCCUCUGUGCGGGGCCACGGGGGCCAAAGCGCACACCAAGCGCUUCUGCCCGAAGGUGGACAGCGCGUACAGCUCCGUGUACGCCAAGUGCAGACGCUGAACCAACGCGAGGCCAGCGCGCAGACACGGAAGGUUAAAUCCUCCAUCACCCAGUGUGGUUUCCCUUAAGCCACGCGCGUGUAAGUUGUGUGUGUGUGUGUGUGGUUUUUGUUUUAUUUGCAUGCUUUCGCACGUUUGCUGUGUAGCCUUUUUGUCUAAUGCUGAUUGGAGCCAUUUCCCAGCUGGUCUGUUUGUCGGCCUGGUCUUCUCGAACAGCGUCCAUUCACAUUCUGUAGAGCACUUUCAAUAACGACUGCCAGAUAUUGCGUUUGGGAGGAAAACAAGGCAUGUUUCAAAAGAGUUUGUUUUACAUAUUUUUAAAAAAAAGGGGCCACCUGAUGUCGUUUCAUAUCUCCCGUCCAUGCAUUGAAGGAUACUAACUCAAGAUGCAAGUCGACAGUAAUGACGUUACGACAGCAUAUAAGCUAAACAUCAUGUGACCAUGUCAGCAUUUUUAACCAUUUUAAAUGUGAACAACUUGUUCUUGUUCAGAGGUGUUGAGCAAAUACCUGUUCCUAAGGCAUGCUAUUCUAUUUUGAAAAUUGUAACUGGCUUUUCUAAAAUGCCAUUGCAGCUCUAAUCGCCUUGUAAUAGAGUUGUCAAAAAAAAGUGUGAUUCUGUGUGAAAUUAUUGUAUAUCUGAAGUUAUAAAUGUACAAAUUGGCCACA